ACAAAACGAGCUCUCGGUCAUUAUCGGUGGGAGGAGUCAUAGUUGUUGUCUGUUUUUGCCAACCGAAACUAACAGCCUAAAACCGAAACAAGAACACUUAAAUAUAACACAACUCAGAAACAUUGACGAGCGAAUUAAGUCACAGCAACAAUGUCUUCGCUCAGCAGUAAAUCAGCGCAGGAGAUCAGCGAGCUGCUGGAUGAGUACGGGAUAAAGCACGGGCCUGUGGUCGACUCCACCAGAAGUCUGUAUGAGAGGAAGCUGAAAGAGGCCAUGGCCAAAGGGAAAAGAGCGAAACCAUCAUCUGACAAAACUUUCUACAGAGAAGAGGAGGAGGAAGUCACUUAUGUUUACAGGUCACCUGUAAGGAGUGAGGGUGCGGGAGACAGUGUGUCUUACAUGAGGUCCAGACCAGAGUGGGGCGAGAGGGAAUUUGAGCACGAGACGUCCUACUCAGGCUACUCAAGGUCAAAGCCUGAAUACAGAGGACGGGAAUUUGAACAAGAGACGUCCUACUCAACCUACUCAAGGUCAAAGCCUGAAUACAGAGGACGGGAAUAUGUUGACGAGCCCCACAUGUACGACACGCCCUCCACUUACAGAAGCUCCUACGUGAACUCACCACCCAUGAAAUCUAAAGAUCCUCCUCCAAAGAAGGCACCAGAGUCGUCACGUCUCAUCCCACUGUGGGUUCAGUUUGUGUUCUUCCUCGCUGUGGCCGUGUUACUCUACUUAGUUUUUUCCAAUAUGGAGACAAAUGAAUCCCUCAAAGGAAUAGAAUGAUCUUUUUUUUUUUGUUAAUUCGUGGAUUUUACGGGGAUGUUACACUCCAUUGUGCAUUUUAAUUGGAUGAAUGUAUUUUGGUCAAUGCCUUUAUUUUAGACAUUGCUGAAAUUGGGGUGUAUGCAAUAAUUUUAUGCUUUAUAAUUGCAGUUUGUUUGCCUGCUUAUGUUUAUAGGUGAAAUUUUUCACCUAGUUUCACUACAGCACUGCUAUUAGAAUAGACAAGGAUGUCAUAUUUAGAAAGAUACAUUUCGAUGUGGACAUACAGCAUCACAAACUGCACACUAAAUGCCAUUGUACUGUGCUGAGCCUCAGCCAGUGAUAUCUCCUGUAAGCCUCAGCAGGUCACAGUGAAUCUAUCAGCGUGGGAACAUCAAACUUUUUAUCCACAUCAUAGAAUUCUUAACAGGAAAUAUCCUGCACAUCUUUUACAUCAAAAUUGGGCAACACAAAUCUCUCAUUAGAUUUAACAGACCACUGUUUAAUUUUAGAUUCCACAAGAAUUUAAGCAGCUUGUCUUCUUCUGACACUAAAAGACGUAAGAGAAUAUGUCCAUAUUUCAAACCUGAACACCUAGACUCAUGUCACAGUGUAUUAAUCAGUCUGUUCAUUAUUAAAUUAAUUGCUCAACAUCUAUUUAGCGCCCCAAAGUUUUCCUUUUUUUCUGCGUUGAUAAUAAGGGUGCCUAGCGGUCUAUUAUCCUGUGUAUAUUGUCAGUAUGAAGAGUGACCAACUCCUUGUGGUUAAUUUAAUCUUAGGGUACAACAAUGCUUCCUUUUGUCAGUUAUAAGGAAUAAUUACAAUGAAGUACAGCUGGGACUGUUUUCAGACCAGCUGUCACAUAAGUGCCUCAGUGGUUUUGUAGGAAUACUGAAUGUUUUUUCAGUGUUUCAUAAGUAGUUGGGGAAACGUUUUAUCUUGGUUACAAAUAUCAGAUUGAACUGUUUAUACGAGCUGUGGUGCCACGUUUGUGCUUUGUUUCAGUGUAUAUCACACAUUUGUACUACAUAAUCCAACUUUCAUAUCCUGUAGCAUUCAAUGUGAUGUGUUUUGUAUCGCUGUUACAUAAUUCAAACCAUUAAAGAGCUUGUAUAUGUAAACA